GGGGGGGGGACGGCUGCCCCCGCCCCACCCACCCCGGGGGUGGUGGUGGUGCAGCCGCGCGGGACCCUGCCCCGGAGCCACGCGCGGGACAGCGGCGUGUCCGCCCCACCGGCCCCCCACCCCCGACGGAGGGGCUGCGCCCGGGUAGAGGGGGGGCGGGUCAGACACCUGUUCGGUCCCGGCCCCGGCGCGGGAACCCAGGGGCAGGAUGAAAGUGACAGUGUGCUUCGGCAGGACCGGCAUCGUGGUGCCCUGCAAGGACGGCCAGCUGCGCGUCCGCGAGCUCACCCAGCAGGCGCUGCAGCGCUACCUGAAGACCCGGGACCAGGAUCCUGGAUACUGGGUGAAGAUUCAUCACUUAGAAUACACAGAUGGAGGAAUCCUGGAUCCGGAUGAUGUCUUAGCAGAUGUUGUUGAAGACAAAGAUAAGCUCAUUGCUGUGUUUGAUGAACAAGAGCCACUCCAGAAGAUUGAGAGCCCCAGUGGAAACUCCAUGGAUCGGCAGAGCCCCGAUGCUUUCGAGACAGAAGUGGCUGCUCAACUGGCUGCGUUUAAACCGAUCGGUGGGGGAAUCGUAGUGACCCCGUCCGCUCUGAAGUUAGGCACUCCACUGCUGGUGAGGAGAAGCAGUGAACCAGCACCAGGGCCACAUGCUGAUGCCCAGCCGAGCGCUGCAAGCCCGAGUGGCCAGAGUCUGAAACCUGUUGUUCCGAAUUCCACCCAGAACUGGGAAAACAGAGAAGUUAUGAAUGGUGAACACACAGAGCUGCUAUCACCGCACAGAACGAAGGAUACACUGAGUGAUAUGACAAGAACAGUGGAGAUUUCUGGGGAAGGAGACCCCCUGGGAAUACAUGUGGUGCCCUUCUUUUCAUCCCUGAGUGGACGGAUCCUAGGACUCUUCAUCCGAGGCAUUGAAGAAAACAGCAGGUGCAAGCAGGAGGGACUGUUUCAGGAAAAUGAAUGUAUCGUGAAAAUCAACAAUGUGGAACUCCUGGACAAAACUUUUGCUCAGGCCCAGGAUGUCUUCCGCCAGGCAAUGAAAUCCCCCAGUGUGGUCCUCCAUGUGCUUGUGCCUCAAAACCGUGAGCGGUAUGAGAAAUCAGUCAUUCGACCACUGAACAUCUUUGGCAACAAUGAUGGGACUUUGAGAGCAAAGGCUGCGCCUCCUGCCCGUGGGAAACCAGGAUUAAAGGCAGCAAAUCUCCCAAGCCCGAACAGUCCUGAAGCAGAUGAGUCAACUUCCCCACAGCAAAGCAAGAGCCCCCAAGUUCCAAGACAGGAAAGAAAACCUGCAUCUCCCUCACUCUCCCCUUUCAUGGGGUUUGGCAGCAGGAAAAAUGCAAAAAAAAUUAAGAUUGACCUAAAGAAAGGCCCUGAAGGACUUGGUUUCACUGUGGUAACCAGAGAUUCUUCUAUACAUGGUCCUGGUCCUAUUUUUGUAAAAAACAUCUUACCAAAGGGAGCAGCAAUAAAGGAUGGCCGCCUGCAAUCGGGGGACAGAAUUUUGGAGGUAAAUGGCAGAGAUGUCACAGGAAAAACUCAGGAAGAGCUUGUGGCCAUGCUGAGGAGCACCAAGCAGGGAGAAACCGUAUUACUGGUCAUUGCCCGCCAAGAAGAGAGCUUCCUGCCCCGAGAGCUGAAAGGAGAACCUGACUGCUAUGCACUCUCCCUAGAGGCAAGCGAACAGCUCACCUUGGAGAUCCCCCUGAAUGAUUCUGGGUCCGCUGGCCUUGGGGUUAGCUUGAAAGGGAAUAAAUCUCGAGAAACUGGAGCUGACUUGGGGAUUUUUAUCAAAUCUAUCAUCCAUGGAGGUGCUGCUUUCAAGGAUGGCCGUCUGCGAAUGAAUGACCAACUGGUUGCUGUUAAUGGGGAAACUCUUCUGGGCAAGUCCAACCAUGAAGCCAUGGAAACGCUGAGAAGAUCAAUGUCCAUGGAAGGAAACAUCCGGGGCAUGAUUCAGCUGGUGAUACUGAGGAGGCCGGAGAGACCACUGGAGGGGCUUGCCGAGUGUGGGGCCCUUUCCAGACCAUGUUUUGAGAACUGUCAAGAAGCUCCGAGCACCUCCAGGCGAAAUGAUAGUAGUAUAUUGUAUCCGUUUGACACUUACAGCCCACAAGAUAAAAGAAAAGACCUACAGCCUCUCAAUGACGGGUGGGCCGAGAGUGAAGUACCGCCGUCCUCACCACUGCAUCCUGGUCUGGAAUGGGGCCUUGAAGAUUACAACCACAGCUCUGGAGUGGAUUCCACAGUAUAUUUUCCAGAUCAACCUGUCAAUUUCAGAUCUGUGAUACCAGCCAUGCAGCAUGAAUCAAUUAACCUGAAAACCUCCAAGAGCAUGGACCUCGUGCCAGAUGAAAGCAAAGCUCAGUCACUGGCUGAUCGCAGAUCGGACUCUCCAAGCAAAGAUUUUGGUCCGACUCUGGGUUUGAAAAAGUCCAGUUCCUUGGAGAGCCUGCAGACUGCUGUGGCGGAAGUCAGGAAGAAUGACCUGCCCUUCCACAGGCCCAGACCACACAUGGUGCGAGGCCGGGGCUGCAACGAAAGCUUCAGAGCCGCCAUUGACAAAUCCUACGACGGGCCGGAAGAAGGAGAAGCUGACGGUCUCUCUGAUAAGAGCUCUCACUCUGGCCACGGAGCUCUGAAUUGUGAGUCUGCCCCUCAGGGAAACCCCGAGCUAGAUGAUGUGGAAACUAAAGCCAGGAAAGUCAAAAAACCAAAAGAGAAGGAGAAGAAAAAGGGCAAGCUGAAAGUCAAGGAGAAAAAGCAGAAAGAGGAGAGUGAGGACCCAGAGAGGAAAAUGAAGAGGAAGGGCUUCGGAGCCAUGCUAAGAUUCGGAAAGAAGAAAGAUGAUAAGGUGGGAAAGGUGGAGCAGAAAGGUACCCAGAAGCCCGGGCACCAGGGAGAAGAAGAGCUGGAAAAAAUGAAAGAAGAGAGGGAAAGGAUCGGAGCAAAACAUCAGGAGCUAAGAGAAAGGCAGGCCAGGGGUCUUGUUGAUUAUGCCCCUGGAGCAAUCGGAUCCGUGCACGAUAUGGACGAUGAUGAAAUGGACCCCAAUUAUGCCAGAGUGAACCACUUUCGGGAGCAAGGCACAUCAGCAAAUGUCUUUAGAUCUCCAUCUCCCCCUCGAGCUGGAUCACUUGCUUACCCUCGGGAUGGACGUCCACUGUCUCCAGACAGAGAUCACUUAGAGGGUCUCUAUGCCAAGGUCAACAAGCCAUAUCAUCCUCCAGCCCUAGCUGACAGUGGCCGUCCCAUGGCUGGAAACAAUGACCGCAUCCAGAAGCUUCGGAAGGAGUACUAUCAGGCUCGAAGAGAAGGCUUCUCUUUGUAUGAAGAGGAAGAGGGACGAACACGGCCAUCUGACCAUGACCUUCGCUGGGUGUCUGGAAAGGGUCCAGAUGGAAGCGCGCACAGCCUCCGCUUUGAAGGGAUGGAGAGGCAGUAUGCAUCCUUACCCAGGAGAGGCUCAGCAGAUCCCGUGGACUACCUGACCGCAGCACCCCGAGGGCGCUACAGUGAGAGAGAGCUUCCAUACUACCCGGGGCCUCAUCCUGUACAUCCCCCGAGAGGGGGCUAUCCCCACUCCUCAGAUCUGAGGGUGGCAGAUCUCCGAUAUCCGCAGUACUAUCCGCGCCCACCAGCCCAGCAGCACAAAGGACCCUUCAGACAAGACGUUCCACCUUCCCCGCCUCAGCACCAGCGAGUUACAACCUAUCAGGAGGUGGGCAGAGCAAGGCCCCGGGCGGGCAGCCCUGAGCGGAACCCCUAUCGUAACCAGGAUCCCAGGCAGAAGAACCCCAUGACGGCAGCCGUAUAGCUGAACAUCACAGAGAUCUUCCAAGCAAGGAAGACAUCCAACACCAUCUUUGCCCUUGCUAGACCCUAAGGCCUAACCCAGGUUUAGGUGUUCAUGGUACAGAGAGGCUCUUGCUCCCUGAGGAUUCGACACUUGACUGCUAAUCAGAAGAGAAAAAAAGGGGACCGGGGUGUAGGGAUGUGGAUUCAAAGGGAAGAAGGAGUGUGGGGUCAUAAAAAACAGUACUUCCUGAUACUUGAAAGGCUUGAAGAAUUGGUUGAUUAACAGUCAAUGGAGCUCCACUAUAGUAAACCCUGGCUAGAAAACCAGUGCCGGUUACAAGCCCCAACCCCAUAGUAGAGGUAGCAAUACAGAGGUGGUUGUCUCGGCCAGGCCUCGUCACUCACAUCCAGAGCUGUGAGGCCGACACAGUAGUAGAGUAGAGAGGCUGGGCAUCUUCACAAGCACAGUGUUUUCACUGAGAACAACGUAGCAAUAAACAUGACCAGUGACCUCUGGCCCAAAGGAAGACUGCAUUUCCUUAUUUAUAGUCGACCUUGGGCUCCUGGUACGACUUGUUUGAUACAAAGCUUUCACAUAUCCUUGCUUUUGAUAGAAAAGCCAGUAGAAUCGGAAUGCAGUAUUAGUGUCCUGGGAGGAUGCGCACACCUGUCCGAGCUUCCAGAAGGAGCUCAUUCCCACCAGGAACCACAGUGAGCAGGUGAAGAGGGUGGCGGUCCCUCGGCCCUUGCUUUCCCCUCUCCCAGGCCCUGGCACGCUUGCUUCGAGAUCGCUCCUUCCAGAGUCCUCCCCAAAUGCCUAUAAUUAUGUUAACUAAGACCUCUACUUUUAAACGUCUAUUGUAAGGGAUAAAGAAUACAUGUGAGUGGUGUGGGUAAGGAAAAGAGAGCCUGCUGGCCAGGCCACACAGAAAGCAAUGUCCUGAGGAAGUGAAUUCCAGACUCAGUGCCAAACAGUACCCAUCUCCCCCUGGGUCAGUGAGGAAACUGGUCACCAGAAAGAAGUAGACGAAAGUGUGUGUGUGUGUGUGUGUGUGUGUGUGUGUGUGUGUGUGUGUGUUCAAACACAUGUGAUUACCAGUAUGGAGAGUAGAAGGGAAAAUUGCCUUCUGGAAGUUUGAUGAGGAAGAAAUCAGAGGAAGUAAAGAGAGAAGACUCCUAAGAUUAAAUCAGUCUGCAUCUGCUAUAUCUCAUUAACAAAUGUCAGGGCAAAGCCAAGGUCUCCACCUGAUUUAAAAGACAAAAGAAAGAAAGAAAGAAUUCUGGCUGAAGAAGCUGAAAAGCCGCUUCCUUGCUUCCCUUGAGCUUUUCUACACAACAGAGCGUCUGAAGCUUCCAGUCUGAUCCAAAUGGGAACACACGCAAAAGACGGAGAAACAGCAGAUGCGGCCAGCAUCAUGAAUUUCUCAGCGACUGCUAAGGGCUUUAAGCCACUCACCUCCUUUCUUGCCCUCCUCCCCAAAAGGUCUUUAGUUCAAUAUAGACAUAUUUUGGCUGAGAGUAGAAUACCACUGACCAACAGAAUUGACUGAAUUAUAGUAUUCUAAAAAAAUAGAGUAGCCAUCUGGCCCAAUUUAGUCUUUUUUUUUUUUUGAAUAGUUUUGUUACCAAGAAUGAUGCAACUGCUGGGUUUAGAUGUAAAUAGUGUCCUUUGCUGGACUUCGAGAGAGAUCAUUAUCUAAACCACAGUGACUGCGGCCCUCUGAAAAACUGACUGUCAACUUGCUUUUUGUCCUCUGCCGUCCCCCUUCAGCCAGCACCCCAACAUCAUAUGUAAUUUGUCCAGUGGGGUAGAGGAUCUCAGACACUGCCCAACAAGGUAUUGUGGCUACACUGUAGGGUCCCUGGCCACCAUGCUGAAAAUGGCAUUUCCUUUGAGCCAAGGAAUCCUGAAAGAAGUUGAUACAAUGAAGGAAAUGCAGCUUUUUCAUGGGGGAGAAUUAGAUCAACUCUUAAGCCAGGCACGGUACCACAUACCUAGAAUCACAGCAGUCAGGAAGUCAAGGCAGGCAGAUGCAAGGUGGCGGCUAGUCUGAACUGCAGGGUGAGUGAAGACCAGCUUGGACUAUAUAAUGAGACCCUCUAGGGUUUUUUUGUUUUGUUUUGUUUUUUGAGGGGGGCUGUUUUUGUUUGUUUUUAAGAUUACUCUUGGUGUGUUCUAUAUUUUACUGAAAUUUCUGUAAAGCACUGAUUCUAUCCAAGGCAGAAGUUUCCCCUUACAGAAAGGCUGGACCACUUAAAGGUGGGCCACGGUCAGGCGACAGGGGUAUGCUCUGGAGAAGAGGCACUUGAGGAUAACUGCUCAUGUCUCUGGCUCCAGCACUGAUACCUUGGGCACACAGUACCCUACCUGCAGGCUUCAGACCAGCUGCUUCAGACCUUGGCUUUGUGUCGGGUACACAGUCCAUGCAACAGUUGCUAAUCCUGAGAGGCCCUCUGAGGCUCAAAGGUAUUAUUAAAGAGAACAAAAAGAAGAUGAUAACAGCUUUCUUUUCUUGCUUAGAAGUAUAGCAAUCUCUGCAUUUGAUCCUGCCCUAAAGAACUAACAUUAUAUUUUGACGGAGGCUGCAUCAAGCCAAGCAAUGGUUAAGAACCGCUCGGGCGGUGAGCUUUAUAAAUGCUGGAGUACUGUUCUGCCCAUUGUCCCCUCUCCACAGCUGCAGGACCAUUUUUCUGCGCUCUAGGAGAACGGCUGGCUAUCUGGAAGUCCAGGCUAUGAUAAGCAGGUCCCCAGAAGAAGGAACUAGCUCCCAGUGUAUGUACAACCUUGGGGAAACUCACUUGGGUAUCUCUCUGUAGCUGGGAACAGAGAGAAAGGUUUAUGAAGACCUACAAACCUGUUACGGGACCAUCCGGCUUCACGGGCCCUCUUUCCUCCUUUUCUCCUAUAACUAGAAAGAUGAGAGAGAGAGAGAGAGAGAGACACUACCGAAAACCUCAAGUCUCAAGAGAAUUCAGUCUUCCACAGAGAGAGAAACACCGACCAUUGGUCCAUCACACCCCUGGGCUGAUGCACCAUCCUUCUUGGCUUAAUACUGUUCCCCUCCAGAGUUAAACAGUGGGCAAACAAAGGAGCAUUUUCUUAAAUCAUGAUUUCAUAGCAAACAAAGCUUAGAAAAAAUUAUUCUAAAACUCAUUAUUCUGAGACUUUUCAGAACAUCUAUGUUGAACCCACAGGACCUCGUGGAACAAAAGUCUGAUGGAAUCGAUGGCAUUGUAGAGAAACAGAGCCUAGGAGGCUUUAUUGGAGCCUUAUUUCUGCUGCCAACAGAAUAAAAUUAAAACAGGAUCCACUGCCUUGAAUUUUUUUUUUAGCUAAAUCUACCUUGUGAAAGAAUCCUCCUGCAACUUCAGGAUAGGAGAGCUGGUUCCUCUGUUCCCUGGUCCACAGAGGGACCAAGACCAUAAAGAGCAAUUACUUUUCCCUUCACUGAAAAUCAACAGCAUUUCGUUCUGUUUGCUUGCUGUUUAGUGUGUGAGCAGUGUUACAGAAUUUCAGGCCUGUGAAAAGAAUUGAAAGGUGAUUGAUAAAAGGAAUGUGUCUCUGUAAAAUUCCCAUCAGCAUUAAACACUGAGAUCCACUGUGAGCAGCUUUCAAACUGUCCUUAAAUUGAGUAGACAUCCCACAGCUUCCCUGUGCGUGUGAACAGAAAGUCCCAAGUUUCACUCAAUUAGGCAGGAGGGAGUUCCGUUCAGAAAAGUCCAUAGUAGUGUUUCUCGUAGAAACAGGGAGAUGGGAAAGGGGAUUCUCCCUAAGAUAUCCCUACAAAGUCACCUUUCUGAUAAAAGAGAGGGCAAAAAAAAAAAAAAAGUUAGAAAUCUAAAAAUAAGCCAGGACUCUCACGUGGAACUAUGACUUCUAAGUGUAACUCUCACCCUCCUCUCCUUAAAUAGGCACGCAAUCUCCCACAGCCUGGCUUUUAAAGUUGGCUUUGGCUACUAAGCUCAGAGUGGGAAGUGAACCAUUCCCAAAGACUUUGAGCCCAUCUCUUGGGCUCAGCAAGUGUUCCGUUCCAUCUGCAAUGCUAUUUACUACUGGAGCAUAAAACAAAGCCUAUUGUUUGUACCCUCACUUUAUCUCGUCUUCCCUGUUCUUUUAUGAUUACCAAGUCGUCUGUUCAUACAUUCUAAAGAUAAAUUAUGUGAAAUCGUAUUUUGGCAUAUGGGGAUGGAGAGUGAAUUCUUUACAAACUUUUUAAUAUGAUCCCAUUUAUAUCACUGAAGACAUUUUGGAUGUUAUUGUAUAUGAGUAUAUAAAUUUUUCAUGUUUUAUUUUGCAUUAAAAUAAAGCUUUAUUCAAUCAGUGA